AUGAGUUAUAAAACCAACUAUGAGCUCUACUCUCGUGGAAGCAUCGAUAGCAGACGGUCACCACCACCAUCAGAUGAGCUUCUCUCACCGUUAGCAACGCUCUACCCGCAUGUUGCCGCCCUGCAGCCACAGUACAAUCCCAGCAACUGCACCUUCACCGGUUACCGAGAAACGGGAUAUUGGGCUGCAGCCUACACUACACAGCCUGUGGAUGAUUCCUCGAUAUCCAUGCGUCGCACUGGUAAGCUUUAUCCUGUCUUUUCUUCUUCGGUCGCAUUUAGUUCUAACAUUCCCCAGAUGGAAGACCAUGUCGAUUUGUUUCUAAAAUACGCCGACUCCUCAGUCGAGACGAUUUAA